GUUUUUGAGAGUCACAUGUCCCGAGUUGGAAGAGGUGGAUUCCAGUGCUUCUGAUGUAAUUCCCUCUUUCUUUGUUGAGCUCAUCACAGUAAAGCGAUCUCUGCUUCAGAACAUCAGUCCGUUGCUGAUCGUCACAAACAGCUUCUGAAGGUUUAAGUGUAAACAAGUCAACUCAACCCCGCAGAAGUUGCGUCCCUAUAUUUUCACAGAAUGAAUACUAAUAGCAAACUCGAGACUGAAGAACUGCUUACUUGUCUUCAUAUCCAUCUCUUCCACCCUAACCAAGCCAGCCUUCCACUCUUCCGCAACCUGCCCCUAAAUCAGCAGUACAGAAUGGACGCUGAAGAUCCACUCAGGCUUGGCCGUGAUGGACAGACCUGCAUCUUCGCCCUAAAUGACACCUCUGUCUCUAGAAAACAGCUCUCCAUUCAGGCGUAUAAGAAAGCUGGCAGCCCGUUCUUGAGCUUCAUGAUCCAGAACUUGAGCCAGAAGGUCAAGCUCAUGGUCGGUGGGUCUGAACUGAGAUACCUAGAAAGAGCUGAGCUUGAUGAUAAGGUGCUCUGCCGCUUUGGGAGAUAUGAACUGCUGAUUUGGCAGGAACCAGGAGAUUCCGAGAAUAAAUUUGAGGUCCUGUUUGAAACAUGCAAUGCACCCCCUUCACAGGAAGUGGGCAUAGAUGUGCUAUGCAGACCACCUAUUAUAGAUACCGGCAUGCCAUGGAGAAACUUUGAGAAUGGAUCACCUGUGAGCCAAGAGCCGCUGGAGUCAGAUGAGACAGUUGUUUUAGUAUAGAUAUUUUUCGGACAUUACUCUGCAAGAAAGCAGACAUGGAUUCAGAAUAAGCAUUUAGUUAUUAUUACAGACACUCUGUUAUUAAAGCAGUCAGCACAUCUUGUAAGUAACAGAAUGAGUUCUAAAUCUAUGCUGCAAACACUGUUAUGAUUUCUUCUGCAAUGCCACCGAACCAGUUGUGUUGCCUAUACUGUGUCUUUGUGUUCCUCCGUUUGUAGAGAUAUUUUAUUACGUAUUUUGCUGAAUUUUAUUGGAAUUAUUGUCUAACACUUGCUUAAAAGGUGCUUUGUGUCUUCUCUUCAUUAUUGUAUGUGUUCAUUGCAUAAGUGCUUUUAGCUUUUAGUGUUUUUAUAAUAUUUUUUAUUGCAUUGUAUUGUUUUGUAUUGACUGUUACUUGAUAAAAUGUGAAAUUGCUAGGAUAGAAGGGUUAUUCAUAUACUUUUAUUAUAUAAAAUAUAAUGAAGUAAACAUUAUUUGAAAAGG